UCAGUUGCCAUUUGCGAACAUAAAGAUGCAGCGAAACACUAUCCCUAGAAGGUAGCAGCGAAUUCCCCUUAAACCUGCUCUCUCUCUCCAGCUCAACAGAAAACCUCGCUCACUCCCGUCGUCUUGCCCUAAUCGCAUCGUCCAGUCUUUCACAGUUUUGAUUUCGUCACUUUUGAUACCACCCAGUUGCUAGCUGUUUACUUUCAAGUAACUGUCAAAAUGUCGAGGAAAGGUUUGAUGGAGCAAGACCUGAGUAAACUGGAUGUAACAAAGUUGCAUCCACUCUCGCCUGAAGUUAUAUCUCGUCAGGCGACUAUCAAUAUUGGUACUAUUGGUCAUGUGGCUCAUGGAAAGUCAACAGUUGUAAAAGCAAUUUCUGGUGUUCAGACUGUUCGUUUUAAAAAUGAGCUGGAGCGCAACAUUACUAUCAAGCUUGGAUAUGCCAAUGCAAAGAUAUAUAUAUGUGAAGACGAGCGCUGCCCUCGACCGAUGGCUUACAAGGCAUAUGGAAGUGGAAAGGAAGAUGCUCCUCUCUGUGAUGUUCCUGGAUUUGAGAACUGCAGGAUGAAAUUGUUGAGACAUGUGUCUUUUGUAGAUUGCCCGGGUCACGAUAUUCUUAUGGCUACUAUGCUUAAUGGUGCCGCAAUUAUGGACGGAGCAUUACUUCUCAUUGCUGCUAAUGAAAGCUGUCCCCAACCACAAACUUCUGAGCAUCUGGCUGCUGUUGAAAUUAUGCGUCUUCAACAUAUUAUCAUUCUUCAGAAUAAAGUUGAUCUCAUUCAGGAGAAUGUGGCCAUUAACCAACAUGAGGCAAUCAGGAAGUUUAUUCAGGGAACUGUAGCUGAUAAUGCACCAGUGGUGCCAAUUUCUGCUCAGUUGAAGUAUAAUAUUGACGUCGUGUGUGAAUACAUUGUAAAAAAGAUCCCCAUUCCAGAAAGGAACUUUAUCUCACCUCCCAAUAUGAUUGUUAUCCGUUCUUUUGACGUCAAUAAACCUGGGUACGAGGUUGAUGAGAUUAGAGGUGGAGUGGCUGGUGGAAGUAUCCUCAGGGGUGUUCUGAAAGUCAACCAAUUUAUUGAGGUUCGUCCUGGGAUUGUUGUUAAAGACGAGAGUGGAAAUAUCAAGUGCACGCCAAUAUAUUCUAGAAUUGUUUCAUUGUAUGCUGAGCAAAAUGAGUUGCAAUUUGCGGUGCCAGGAGGUCUUAUUGGUGUUGGAACAACCAUGGAUCCCACUUUGACACGUGCUGAUAGGUUAGUGGGUCAAGUUCUUGGUGAAGUUGGGUCACUCCCUGAAGUAUUUGUUGAGCUUGAGGUCAACUUCUUCUUGUUGAGAAGGCUUCUGGGGGUCAGGACAAAGGGGUCUGAGAAGCAGGGAAAGGUCUCAAAGCUGGUCAAGGGCGAGAUCCUCAUGUUGAAUAUAGGAUCCAUGUCUACAGGGGCUAGGGUUCUUGCUGUAAGGAACGAUUUGGCAAAGUUGCAACUCACGUCUCCAGUUUGCACCAGCAAAGGAGAGAAAAUUGCCCUCAGUCGACGUGUUGAGAAGCAUUGGCGUCUUAUUGGCUGGGGUCAGAUUCAAGCUGGAACAACCCUUGAUGUCCCACCAUGCCCAAUUUGAGUUGACACUGAAAAUUGGUAAGACAGAAGAAAGCAAGAAAACUAGUAAGACAGCUAAAGAAUAGGCAAGAUGUGGAAAGUCAGAAAAUUAUUGGGAACCAUUUUUGUCAGAUGGAAGAGAAAACAUCGUUUGGUGGAUCGUUGUCGUUUUUGUUUUGUUUCUUUGAUUUUUGAUGCAGUUACACUUUCAUCUGCAUUCGUAUUCUUCGACUUUUGGGCACGAGUCAUUCCAACAGAUGAAGGAAUGAUAGACAGUUACGUUGACUCUUCCAGAGGAUAUUGCGUUCUUAAAUUUAUAAGCAGUUUGAGUUUGUUUUUGAA